GUCACCUUGGAUUUUAAUGUAUACAAAAACAAUCUUAAAAUUUUGAAAAAUGUGUAAAAGAAAAUCGCCUAUUUUAUGGAUUCUGGGAGGUAUUGCUUUCGUAUUCAUUUUGAUAGGACUGCUGCGACAUGUGUUUAAGAUCAGCACAUACGAUAUUAUUUUGCUUACUCCGGUUGUUGUUUUCAUUGGCAUUGCCUUUGCAAUAAAAGUUAUGUCGGAUGUGGAGUACAUACAUUUAGCUUUGCUCUCUAUUUGUGUCAUACCCAUAUGCUGUGCCUUCGUAUUUGUGUUGAAGAUAAACACUCUGCUCAAGGAUUGGAAUUCUUUUGAAAUAUUUAAGAAAAUCGCUCACAUUUUGCACCUAACGUUUUUAAUUGGUAAGCAAAUGUAUUAUUGUAAAACAAAUAUCUAA